CACUCAAGUGGAGUCAAUUCAAGUGGAAAGCUGCAGCCUGUUGCGCGCAGUCCUCUCACUGGGGGGGUGGGGGGGAAUCACAAUCCACGGGGGAUGUUGUGACAUUUUCCACGGAGCAAAAGAAGAGACAGAGAGAGCACCACAUUAGAAACGUGGACGUGCAGUUGCUGCUGUUCUUAGCCUUUCUCUCUCUCACUCUCGCUCUCUCGCUCUCUCUCUCUCCCCCUCGCUCUCUCCGUCUCUCACCCACCUCAUCGACUUUGAACCUGUUUGUUUAAAUCCACGGACUUUACAGCCUGCACACCCACGGCCGUUUGUCCAAGGCAGAGCCAGCGAACUUUGCCAUUUGCCGGUGUCCUCACGGCGCCCUGAUGCCGAGACGCUCGCUGGAGUAGAAGGUUUUUGGGACGACCCCGCCCGCGGCUGUCCCGGACCAUGGACUCGACAGGUGAACCGGAGACGUAGCAUACUGAAGACCCAGAUCUCCCUCGGGAGAGUCCUCCCUCCUCCCGGGGCGAUGCGGAUCCCCUUGCUCCUUCUCACCGCCUCUCUGUGCGCCAUGGUUCUCCUCCUCCUCCUCCUCGCACCUGUCUCGGAGGCCUGCGGACCUGGGAGGGGAUACGGCAAGAGGCGACUUCCCAAGAAGCUCGUCCCGCUGGCCUACAAGCAAUUCAGCCCGAAUGUGGCCGAGAAGACCCUGGGGGCGAGCGGGCGGCCCGAGGGUAAAAUUACGCGCAACUCGGAGCGCUUCAAGGAGCUGACACCCAACUACAACACCGAUAUCAUCUUCAAGGAUGAAGAGGACACGGGCGCGGACAGGCUCAUGACCCAGCGCUGUAAAGACAAGUUGAACUCCUUGGCCAUCUCUGUGAUGAACAUGUGGCCUGGUGUGAAGCUGCGAGUGACGGAGGGCUGGGAUGAGGACGGCCAUCACUCGGAAGACUCGCUGCACUAUGAGGGACGUGCUGUUGACAUCACCACCUCAGACAGAGACAGAAACAAGUAUGCCAUGUUGGCUCGGCUUGCUGUUGAAGCUGGAUUUGAUUGGGUCUACUAUGAGUCCAAAGCCCAUAUUCACUGUAGCGUCAAGUCAGAACAUUCUGUGGCGGCCAAAACUGGUGGUUGUUUCCCAGGUGAUGCUCUAGUUACUCUUGAGAGAGGAGUCACUAAACAAAUGCGUGACCUUCAUCCCGGUGACCGCGUUUUGGCUUCCUCGACAACAGACGGUCGUGGUCCGCUUCGCUACAGUCCAGUAUUAUCCUUUUUGGAUCUCCAGUCUAACAUCACAAAGAUAUUUACUCUCAUUGGAACCAACACUGAACUUAAUAUCACGCUCACGGCAGCACACCUCAUCUUCGUCACUGACUGUGUGGGCAGACUCAGCAAGGAUGGUGUGAGGACAACUUUUGCCAGUGAGGUGAAGCCGGGGCAGUGCAUACUGACCUCGCAAGGAACAGAGGCAACUCGAGCUGUCGUGACCUUUGUAGAGGAGAGGCAGAGCACUGGGUUGUAUGCCCCACUAACCCAGCACGGGUCUAUAGUAGUGAACAACGUUCUGGCAUCAUGUUACGCUGCUGUGGACAAUCAUCAUUUAGCCCACUGGGCUCUGGCCCCACUGCGUUUCGUCCGCACCCUGAUGGGUCCUGCACAACAACAAACUGAUGGAGUGCACUGGUACCCUUGGCUUCUGCAGAGGGUUGGCGAAAUGCUACUGGACCCAAAACACUUCCACCCUUUGGGAACUGAGCGAGGACUUUGACAGAAGAAAGAAUAUAUUCAAGUCAGUUUAAGUAUGAGUAUUUAAGAACACCAAAUCACAGAAAUAGCUUUCCACCAAAAUGGGGGGAAAACUGUUUUAUACUACAGAUGUGUUCUACUCACUCCACUUGUCUCUAUGCUGUAGGAUACGAACAGGAAUAAUGAAUUCCGAUUUCAUAUUUGUUUAUUGCAUAUGUGCUUUUGGUAAUUUCACUUUCACGGGGCUAUUGAGACUCAGGGGUGCCAGUAAACCACAAAUUAGUAAGCACCUGGUGAUCAGCCACAUUACUGAGACAUAUCAUAUGGACAAAAGUGUUGUGAUCUGCAUCUGCAUCUCUUGAACAACUAGUUAAUAGUUGUGUAGAGCAGUACAAUUGUAGUCCACCAUGAAUGUGGCCCAGUGCACAAAAAAAACGUCUGUGAAGGCCUGAUUGGAUUACUUUGACGUGCAAGAACUUAAUAGCCUUCACCUCAACCCCAUCAGAGACUGUGGGGAUGAACUAGAAUACAGACUGUAAACCAGAACAUUUCUCAGCAUAUGUGAUCGCUGACCUCAAAAUGUUAUGGUGGGUGGGUAGAAAAGAAAAUUCCCAAAGACGCACUCCAAAAUCCUAUGCUAUUAUUCUCAAUACCGUUCUCCUUAUGGAGUUAAAAACCCCUCCUUUUUUUAGUUUUGCCUGUCAUUCAGUUUCACCUUAGAGCACCUUAGCGUUCAAAAUGACUGUCAUGUGUUUUUGUGGCGUUUUAACAGAAGAGGAUGGUCAAGAAUCAGUUUAAUUCUUCAUUUGUACUGUUUUAGUCUGCAAGAUGAGACAUACUGACAGUAUUUUAAUUUUUUUCCAGAGCUCUCAGUGCCAUGAGGCACAUUAGGCCACAAUUGCAGUUUCGGUAAACCCUAGUUUUUACAGGAGCAGGUGAUUGCCCUAGUGCCCAAACCCAGCACCUGGUAUUCAUAGGUGGUAUCACAUCCAAGUACGAGCCAGGACCGAUCUUGCUUAGCUUCCGAGAUCAGACGAGAUUGGGUAUUCCCAGCGUAGUUCUCGGGGUAUACUGGUACUAUUCGUAUGAGUUAACUAAUGAGUAUACAUUUUGGUAGUGCUCGUUAGAAUUUCAGGCUAAGCACAGAAGAAUUUGUGGGGAUGGAAGAAAAACACAAACAAGGUAGUGGAACCGAAUAGAUGAGAGAUCAUUUAAAAGUCUGUAUGUCUGUAAAUGUUUAUAUAAGCAGUUUAGUAAUGAAAUGAAAGUAAUUAGACAUAAAGUUUACUCAGUUUACUGAUUCAUCACUUUCCCUCAUUGUCUAAUGCAUUGUUUUAAAUAAUAAUUCGCAAAAAUAUAUUGACUAUAUUUAUUUGGACAUUUUCUUCUCUGUGUUAAGUUUAUUGUGAUUUUGCCUUGGCUGCAAACAAGCCAGAGUACUAUUAAUAAGUUAUAUUUUGUCUGGAAAACAGUUUUAAAAAAAACCGUAACAUGACAUUUAAGAGCUGCAGAGGGCAAUAUGGUUAAAAUGUUCAACAAGCUUGUCUUAUCUAAUGCAGGUAGUCACAUAUAACAUGAAUUUCAAUAAUUUGAAGCAAUCGUAUAAUUUAUGACAGCAUGGAUUUACUUUCACUCCCUUUGCAACCGCAUUAAACGAUGAUGUGAUGAUGUCAAGUAUGGCUUGACUUUCAAAUGAGCAGCCUUGAAUAUUCUGGCCAGGUAGACACCCAAAAGAACUUAUACUGUUCAAACACUGAACCGAACAAAAGUGAAUUUCAUUUCCAUUAUAGUGUCACAGUUGAAUGCUGGUCUAUUGUCUACAUACAUGUGUUGUUGCACAACUAUUGCAUCAUUUACAAAUGUAAUAGUGUGGCUCUGAAUUGUCAUGUUCAAUGUAAACCGCCAGGGUCUGAGCACAUGAUCAAGGGGUGUUCCAGUGAUUCUUUGACCUAUUACAUAUUACAUGCUAUGGAGGAUGCCUGUUUACAGCAAUGGUUUCUUAAAUAAUUCUUAUGAUUUGGAGUACUCAUAGUGGGUCCUGUCCAGAAGAAGAAGUCACUGUGUCUGCUGUCACCUCAUCCUUGAAGCCGUUUUACUAAAAUAUCCUUGUAACCUUAUUCGAAAUAUGUGUCUUCCUUGUAAGUCGGCCCCACAGAAUGUCCAUAGAUUUUGGCGCAGCACGGUGGGGGCAUGUUAAUGUUUGCAUCCCUAUGGGGUAUUCUGUCUGUCCAAGAUCAGGGAAUAUCUGGCACUGAUGCAAGAAAGUUAUUAAGAUGUAUCCAUCAUUAUCAUAUGGUUCAUUAAUGCAUCUUCUUCAUAUCAGGUUUGUAUCAGGUGUAUUAUUAUUUUUUUUAAAUGUAUGUGCAACAUGUUUAUUGUUAUAAGUUUCAGUUUUCUGGUUAGCAGUAUCGAAAAAAAAAAUACACUUGACUCAGGCUGAAUUAAACUACUGUUUAUAUAUUA